GAUGGGGGCGUGGCUACCUCUAACGCUCCAGGUGUCUCGCGUGGGCUGGCGACCAGAACUGUUUGGACUGUAACAGUCCUCGGUGGACUGCCGGAGUCUGGGAGUCCGGUGACAGGGCUGCGGUCUGGCAUAAGGGUGGGGCUCAGAAGAAGCCCCGGAAUGUGGGCCAAGCCUUCCCUCCUGGCCAUGUGGCAUCCUCUGGUCCUGCUGCUACUGCUCCCCUGCGCCCUGGUGCCCCCCUCAUCCACGGCCCCUGUCCUCGAUGGAGACGCCCAGGAGAGCUCUUCGGAUUUCCUAGGCCUCCAGAGCCUCUUCCAAGGCUUCAGACGACUAUUCCUGAAAGAUGACCUGCUGCGAAGUCUGGACAGCUUCUUCUCUGCCCCCAUAGACUUCUGGGGCCUCCCCAGAGACUUCCACCAACAGCAGGACCAGCAGCGCCAGCUGGGGAACAAGACGCUCUCCAGCCACGUCCAGAUUGACAAGGUGACGGACAACAAGACAGGAGAGGUGCUCAUCUCUGAGAAGGUGGUGGCCUCCAUGGAGCCAGAUGGAAACCUGGAAGGUGACCAAAAGGUUCCCAAGAAUGAGAAGGAAGCCCUGGUGCCCACUGGAAAUGUCAUGGGCAGCUCCCACCCGGAAGCCCACCACCGAAUGGCCUUCUGGAUCAUUAAGGUGCCGCGGAGAAAGUCCCAUCAGGAUGCUGAGGAAGACAGUGGCUGGCUCAGCGAGAAGAAACACCGCCUGCAGGCCAUCCGGGACGGGCUCCGAGAGGGGAGUCAUGAAGGAGUCCUGGAAGAUGGGCCCCAGGACUCCUCCCACUCCAGGCUGCCUGGCCGGAAGACCCACUUCCUGUAUAUCCUUAGGCCCUCCCAGCAGCUGUAGAGGUGGGGCUGAGGAACGCUGCAGGUCUCCUCCCCAGCACCAUAUGGAAAUAAAGAGUUCUAACAAGUA